AUGACUGGCCUGGUAGAUGAGGGGAGAAUAAUGGAUAUUGUCUACCUGGACUCCAGGAAGGUCUUUGACACUGUCUCUCGUAAGAUCCUCAUAGACAAACUGUCGAUGUGUGGGCUGGAUAAGCAGACAGUGAGAUGGAUAGAAAAAUCGUGGAAUGGCCAGGCCCUGAGAGUGGUGAUCAGUGGCACAAGCAGUGGGAGGGGAAGAUGCUACUGCAUUGGAUUUGCAUGUCAAGGUUUUGAUAGUGGGGUUGGCUACAGGGGUGGCUUCUGUGAGAGGUUACUAGAGGCUUCCCCUGUGUCCGAUAGACCCAAUGCCAGCCAGCUUCAAGUUGGAUCCACUGCUGGCCAAGGCUGGGAUAACAUAUUUAAGAAGGUGGAAAAAACUGCUGCGAAUACAGCAGUGGAUAGAGGAGUGAGAAUAUUUGCCCCAGAAGAUCCUAGCAGAAAGGUAGAUGGUGAUACCAUUAUUUUCUCACAUGUGCAAGAAAGGUCGAGUGCUGUCUAUCAGUGCAAUGCUUCUAAUGAAUAUGGAUACUUGCUAGCAAAUGCAUUUGUGAAUGUUCUGGCUGAGCCACCAAGAAUUCUAACUCCUGCUAAUAAACUGUAUCAAGUGAUUGCAGAUAGUCCUGCAUUGCUAGACUGCACUUAUUUUGGUUCACCUAAGCCUGAAAUUGAAUGGUUUAAGGGAGUGAAAGGUAGCAUCUUGCGUGGAAGUGAAUACGUUUUCCAUGACAAUGGAACCUUGGAAAUUCCGGUGGCUCAAAAGGAUAGUACUGGUACAUACACAUGUGUAGCAAGGAAUGAAUUAGGAAAGACACAAAAUGAGGUACAGUUGGAAGUUAAAGAUCCAACAAUGAUAAUUAAACAGCCAGAAUACAAAGUGAUUCAGAGAUACAGCCAAGUUUCAUUUGAGUGUAUAAUAAAACAUGAUUCUACCUUAUUGCCAACAGUUAUAUGGCUGAAGGACAAUAAUGAACUGCCAGAUGAUGAAAGGUUUCUAGUUGGUAAAGACAACUUGACCAUUAUGAACGUAACUGAUAAAGAUGAUGGAACAUACACUUGCAUAGUUAAUACUACUCUGGACAGUGUUUCAGCAAGUGCUGUGCUUACUGUUGUUGCUGCUCCCCCAACUCCAGCUAUCAUUUACGCUCGGCCAAAUCCACCAUUUGACCUGGAACUGACAGGUCAGCUAGAAAGAAGUGUUGAACUUUCAUGGAUACCAGGAGAUGAAAAUAACAGUCCCAUUACAAAUUUUGUGAUUGAAUAUGAAGAUGGGCUGCAUGAACCAGGGGUAUGGCAUUACCAGACUGAAGUUCCUGGAACUCAGACAACAGUACAGUUGAAGUUGUCUCCAUAUGUCAACUACUCAUUCCGUGUGAUAGCAGUCAAUGAGAUUGGCAGAAGUCAGCCGAGUGAACCGUCUGAGCAAUACCUGACAAAAUCUGCAAGCCCUGAUGAAAAUCCUUCUAAUGUACAAGGGAUAGGCUCAGAACCUGAUAAUUUGGUAAUAACGUGGGAGUCUUUAAAAGGUUUUCAGUCUAAUGGACCAGGACUUCAGUACAAAGUCAGCUGGCGUCAGAAAGAUGUUGAUGAUGAAUGGACAUCUGUUAUAGUUGCAAAUGUAUCUAAAUAUAUUGUGUCUGGUACACCAACUUUUGUUCCCUAUGAAAUAAAAGUACAAGCUUUAAAUGACCUAGGAUAUGCACCAGAGCCAUCAGAGGUGAUUGGACAUUCAGGGGAAGACUUGCCAAUGGUUGCUCCAGGCAACGUGCAGGUUCAUGUUAUUAACAGCACAUUAGCAAAGGUGCAUUGGGACCCAGUUCCACUAAAAACUGUCCGAGGACACCUUCAGGGGUACAAAGUUUACUACUGGAAAGUGCAGAGUCUAUCCAGGAGGAAUAGGCGGCACGUAGAAAAAAAGAUCUUGACUUUCAGGGGAAACAAGACUUUUGGAAUGUUGCCAGGGCUGGAGCCCUAUAGUUCUUAUAAGCUGAAUGUUAGAGUUGUUAAUGGUAAAGGAGAAGGACCAGCAAGCCCAGACAAAGUAUUUAAGACCCCUGAAGGAGUUCCUAGCUCACCCUCCUUUUUGAAGAUUACUAACCCAACGUUGGACUCUCUUACCCUGGAGUGGGGUUCACCUACUUAUCCAAAUGGUGUUUUGACAUCAUAUAUACUGAAGUUUCAGCCAAUUAACAACACACAUGAAUUAGGUCCCUUGGUAGAGAUAAGAAUUCCUGCCAACGAGAGCAGCUUGAUAUUAAAAAACUUAAAUUACAGCACACGGUAUAAGUUUUACUUUAACGCACAAACUUCAGUUGGAUCAGGAAGUCAGAUAACAGAGGAAGCAGUAACAAUUAUGGAUGAAGCUGGUAUUCUUCGUCCUGCUGUAGGUGUAGGAAAAGUGCAACCAUUUUAUCCAAGGAUCAGAAAUCUUACAACAGCUGCCGCUGAGACCUAUGCCAAUAUCAGUUGGGAGUAUGAGGGACCAGAUCAUGCGAACUUUUAUGUUGAAUAUGGUGUAGCAGGCAGCAAAGAAGAUUGGAAAAAAGAAAUUGUAAAUGGUUCUCGAAGCUUCUUUGUCUUAAAAGGUUUAACACCAGGAACAGCAUAUAAAGUCCGGGUUGGUGCUGAGGGCCUGUCUGGUUUUAGGAGUUCAGAGGAUGUGUUUGAGACAGGUCCAGCAAUGGCAAGUCGGCAGGUAGACAUCGCUACUCAAGGAUGGUUUAUUGGUCUUAUGUGUGCUGUUGCUCUUCUGAUCUUGAUUUUACUGAUUGUUUGCUUCAUAAGGAGGAAUAAGGGUGGCAAAUAUCCAGUGAAGGAAAAGGAGGAUGCACAUGCUGAUCCAGAAAUACAACCUAUGAAGGAAGAUGAUGGAACAUUUGGUGAAUACAGGUCUCUUGAAAGUGAUGCAGAGGACCAUAAACCUCUAAAAAAAGGAAGCCGAACACCUUCAGACAGAACUGUGAAAAAAGAAGAUAGUGAUGAUAGUUUAGUUGACUAUGGAGAAGGUGUAAAUGGUCAGUUCAAUGAGGAUGGCUCCUUUAUUGGACAAUAUAGCGGUAAAAAAGAGAAAGAACCUGCAGAAGGAAAUGAAAGCUCUGAGGCUCCUUCUCCUGUAAAUGCCAUGAAUUCAUUUGUGUAACCACAGAACUCGAUCCCCUUGUAUCUUCAGUUUGUUUGAAGCACUUGUACAUCCUCCUUCUCAUACUAGGAACGUGCAGGUAACAGAGCUCCACACCACAAGAUGUUUAUGCUAUGAGAAUAUGCAGGUCAAUACAAUUAUACAGCAUAACGACACAUUAAGUGGUAUGUUAGUAUGAAUGAAAUUCAAAUUUUGUUCAAAUUGUGGAUAUUACUUUUUUUAAAAGGAACUGUCACAAACAAUAACAUCAACUUAUAAUUUUGUUUCCUG